AUGAGCUCCUGUGCUGCAGCCGCUAAAGCCCAUGCACCAGAGCCUUGCUCCACAACACGAGAAGCCACUGCAAUGAGAAGCCUGCUCACUGCAACAGGAGAAAGUCCAAGCAACACUGACGACCCAGCACAACCAAAAAAAAAGAGUCCCGGGCCCUCGGAGAAUCCGGGUAGCCCCGGCGGGAGCCGUGUCCGGAGCCUGCGCACUGCUCUCAUUUUCGGUGGCUUCAACUCCCUGAUCGGCGCCGCCUUCUACCCCAUCUACUUCCGGUCCUUAAUGCGGCUGGAGGAGUGCAAGAAGGAACAAGCCAUUAAUCGAGCUGGUAUUGUUCAAGAAGACGUGCAGCCACCAGGGUUGAAAGUGUGGUCGGAUCCAUUUGGCCGGAAAUGAGAAGAUUAACACCACUUCUAAUUAUGCAAGUAGACAGAGAC